CACGUCGCAUCUCGCGGAAUCGCUUGCUGCUUCCUACUGGCGCUGCUUGCCGCUCGCCAUUGCUGACCUCACAGCAGCCUCGUCACCGCGCUCCGCAUUGCCGCUGCGGCUAUAUUAGCACGCGCCGCGCGCGAGGAGAUUAGUUUCGUUGGACAGCCGAGCGAGCCGUGCAAGAAACCGAAGGGGAUCAAAGAAGGAAGGGAGGGAGGGAAGGGAUGGUGUUCUUCUGCUUCCUGGUGGACCAGCGGCGGACGGUGCGGAGCAGCAAGCCGGCGGCGGGGAUCUGCUCGCGCUGCGGCGGGUGCGCGAGCGUGGCGGACAUGGAGACCGCCACCAGGGUCUGCUACCUGCUCACCGUGCACCGCCGCACCUGGCGCGCCAUCAUCUGCACCUUCUGCGGCGCCAUGCUCAAGUCCUACCGCCACUACAGGCUCUACUGAUCUCCAUCGCCGGCUUUAUUUCUUCAUCGCCUCGUGAGGUGUAGUCAGCUAGCUCGCGAUCUGCAUGUGUUUCUUGGUCGGUGAUCUUGCUCUCGGCGACUAUUGGAUUUUUUUUUUGUUCCCGCUUGAUUAUGCUCGGUCUGCAUAUUGUAAUGGCAGCUCGCAUUGCCUGUGCAUGCAUGUAAAUAUGGGAUGAACAUGAACUAGAGCCAUGAAGUGAACCCUGUGUCCGACUAACAAAGCGAUCCAUAUCUUGUUCA